AUGGGCGCCUCUGAAUCAAGACCCCGCCUUGAUGAUUCGGACGAUGCCCCCAAGCAGGGCUACCACGUCGUCCGCGUCGCAGCGGGCAGCCCAGCUCACCUAGCCGGCAUCGAGCCGUUCUUUGACUUUUGUGUCGGCAUCGACGGAGUCGCACUCGACCCAUCCAAGGACGUGGACGGUGACCGCAACAGCUCCGAUUCAACAAAUCCCGCCUCGGGUGGAUCUCUCGCCGGGCUCGGCGCCUGGAAGUCGCUCGAGGAGCGCGAAGGCACAAGGGUCAUCCUCAACGUCUGGAGCUCAAAGAGGCAGGAACUCAGAGAGGUUCCCAUCAUUCCGAGCCGCGCAUGGUCCGAGGCGUCGACCGCGGGCUCAGCCUCGUCUCAACCUUCACUUCUUGGCCUCUCACUUCGGCUCUGCAACCCUUCCCUCGCCCUUUCGCACGUCUGGCACAUUCUCGAGAUCCUCGAGGGCUCUCCAGCCGAGUCGGCGGGCCUCGUCCCCUUUGGAGACUUUGUCAUUGGCUGGACCGGCGGCACGCUCAAGUCCGAAGGCGACUUUUACGAGCUCGUCGAGGCUCACGUCGACCGGGCACUGCGCCUCUACGUCUACAACUCGGACUACGACCACACACGCGAGGUCAUCAUCGUGCCGAACCGCGAGUGGGGCGGCGAGGGCUUGCUGGGCUGCGGCGUAGGCUAUGGCCUCCUGCACCGCAUCCCGAAACCCCAGGAUCGACCAGCGGUGCCCAGCGACCUCGACGAAGACAGCGGAGCGAGGACGCCGCAGCCUGCUUCCCAGUCGACCCAGCUCUCGGCAAGCAACGACUCUGGCCCGCCAAGAGGGCCUCGCUCCAUUGCCGAUGAGCAGGCGGGCGCGCCGGAACCGUACCGCCCAGGGAGAGGCGAGCACGCGAACGGCUACGACCAGAGCGAGCGAGGGCGGGGCGAAGGCGACGAGGAAGGCGACGACGACGAUGAUGAUGAUGACGAGAUGAACCGCAGCGGCGUCACCGUCAGCAUGAGGCGGGAUGAAGACGACGAGGAGGACUGA